UGAGGCUCAAUGAGCCUUUAUUCCAGGCACUGCUGGGGACACUGCUGUGAGCACAGCUUUGGAACUGUCCAGAUGAAGGAGCCAGGACACUGGGAUCUUGAAAGGUGACAACACGGAGCUCAUCUGUUUGCCUUCCUAAGUGACAAUGACUCUGCUGCCGACUGUGCAGAGGGACUUGACCCACAGGACCUAGGCCAGCUGUGGGGGAGGGGAGCCAUGAGGCUAAGCCCCUGAGUCCCGCAAGUCUUCCAGAGCCCCCUCCCUGCCCCUCCUCUCUAGCUCCAGCCUGGCCCCCAAGCGCAGCUGCAGUAGAUGGCCCAGUUGGAAGCAGCCCCUGGCCUGCAGCAGCAUGGGGUGCCUAUGCCCGUGAGCGUGGAGGGGGCCCCCAAUGUCCUGGAGGAGCACGUGGAACUGUGGUGGUCCCAGGAGCCCCGGCGUGCGGCCCUCUGCUUCUCCGUGGCUGUGGGGCUGGUGGCAGGCUGCGGGGCUGGCGGGGUGGCCCUGCUCUACUCCACCAGCAGCCGCUCAGGAGAGUGGCGCCUCGCCACGGGCACCGUCCUCUGCCUGUUGGCCCUGCUGGUGCUGGUGAAGCAGCUGCUGGGCUCUGCCGUGCAGGACAUGAACUGCAUCCGGCAGCCCCGGCACGUGGCCCUGCUGCGCAGUGGGGGAGGAGCGGACAGUCUCAUGGUCCUGGUCAGCGGCCUGGUGCUGCUGGUCAGUGGCCUAGUGCUCAUUGGCCUGGCUACUUCCUCCACUUCUACCCCUGGCCCCAGCCCCAGCCCAGCCAGGCCCCUGACCACUAUGCUAACUGCAGGCAUUGUCCUGGGCGCCAUGGGGGCCCUCCUGCUGUUAGGAGUGCUGCUGUAUCAGGUGGGAAUGGGAGGCCGCUGCCUCCUGCCCACCUCGGCUACCGCCUCUGGUCGAGGCCGGAGGCUAAGGGGCAGCAGCAUCUUCAGCAUCUCUGGACGGCUGCCAACCACACCCAGCAUCGCCAACCUCCUCUGACUGAGCCGCAGCAGCAACUGAACCCCCCUGGACUUUCACUGGUAACGUCCAGGUCCAGCUACCAGCCUCUACCCUCUGCCUCCACCUCAUUGGGACGCCCGUACCACGAGGAGCCACCUUCUUGUCUUCAGCCUUCAGCCUCUACCUCCACCUCCUGCUAUCCUCUGACCUCCAAUACUUACCUCCAGGACCCUUCCUCAGCCCCCGUCUCUGUUCUCCCAUCUUCCGUCAUCACUAACAGGUCUGACUUACAUGUGGUCUUGGUGAAUGUGGUCCUGCUUGGGCAUGUGUGUUUUCUGUGAUCAGAAGCCCCAUUUCUGUCCUGCUGUCCCUUCCCCACACAUGAAAACUCCAUCCUUCUUGGGGAUCACCAAACUUCCCACCUUCCAGCAGCCCCCUAAAAGUGGCCAAGGAGGAAAUCUUCCAUCCCAAGUCAGAGACUCCCUCUGGACCCCUUUAAAUGUGAUGAUAUUUGUAAAGCAUUUAGCACAGCACCUGGCAUAUAAUAAAUGGUUAAUAAAUGCUUCUUA